UUUUAAUCUGUCAGUGUCAGUUAAUGAGUAAAGCAAUGCUGAAGUUCUGUUUUUGUUAAAAUUGUGACGAGCAUGAUUUUAUAGCAAUAUUAAAGUUUAAGAAUAAGAAAUGGAUGAGGUUGCUAAGUUAGAACAUCUCUCGCUUGUAUCUAAAAUAUGUACAGAAUUAGACAACCAUUUAGGGCUAAACGAUAAGGAUUUAGCUGAAUUUAUCAUAGACUUGGCAGACAAGAAUCCCUACUUUGAUAAUUUUAAAAAAGCUCUAAUAGAAAAUGGGGCUGAAUUUUCUGAUUCCUUUAUGACAAAUUUACUGCGUAUAAUACAGCAUAUGAAACCAGUACCAUGUGAAAAUGAUAAAAGUGAUGAGAAGGAUAAUAAAUCAAAUCCACUAGCUAAUAAGUUUCCUGGAUUAGCUAUUCCUAAUGAUAAGCCUCCAGUUUUUACCUCUGAUGAAGAAAGUGAUGAUGAUGAGAAGAAAAAUACAAGAUUAACUUCAAAGGAAAUAUUUAAGGUUGAAUCAAAAGGAAAAGAAUCCUCAAGUAAAGAUGCAGUGGACGAAGCCAUGGCAGCCUUGGAGGCACUAGCUCCUUCUAACAGUAACAUCAAAAGUGAUGACACAAAGAAAGAGCAUGUCAGAAAAAGGGAAAGAGAUCAUAGUAAAGAUCGUAAGGAUAGUCGUAUAAAAAGGGAGAGUUCAAGAGACAAGAAAAGUAGAAGAAGUAUAGACCGUCAAAGUCGUACAAGGGACAAAAGAAGCAGAAGUAGAGACAGGCGCAGUAGAAGUAGAGACAGACGUAGUAGAAGUAGAGACAGACGAAGUAGAAGUAGAGACAGGCGUAGUAGGAGUAGAGGGAGAGAUAGAAGACGAAGAUCUAAAAGUCGCCAACGUCACAAAUCUAGGUCAAGAGAAAGACAUAGAAGAUCAAGAUCUAGGAAUAGGAGGUCCAAAUCUAGAUCCCAGUCUCGUGGUAGGGAAGACAGGAGCAGGUAUAGAGAUAGUGAAUUUGUUAAAAAACCAAGAAAAAAGAGCCCCGAUGAAGCAAUAAGUGAUGAUCCUGAGCCUGGGAAAAUUUACAGUGGAAGAGUGGCUAAUAUUGUGCCUUUUGGAUGUUUUAUACAAAUGGAAGGCUUGCGUAAGAGGUGGGAAGGCCUUGUUCAUAUAUCUCAGCUAAGAGCUGAAGGUAGGGUAACUAAUGUCUCCGAUGUGGUAUCUCGGGGUGAUAAAGUCAAGAUCAAGGUGUUGUCUGUAACAGGACAAAAAGUGUCACUUACAAUGAAAGAUGUUUGUCAAGAAACAGGGAAAGAUUUGAAUCCAACAUCUCAUGCACACUUAGAGGCAGAACGCGAAGGUCGCAACCCCGAUAGACCCCCGCCGGCAGCCACGGUAUUGGCGGGUCUACAAGGCGGUCUCGAUCCAGAUGAAGACUCGAGUCGUAAACGCGUAACUCGAAUCUCUAGUCCAGAGCGCUGGGAGAUUAAACAGAUGAUAUCAUCAGGAGUCAUCGAUAAGAGUGAGUUACCCGACUUCGACGAGGAGACAGGGCUACUACCAAAAGACGAAGAUGGCGAGGCCGAUAUCGAAAUAGAACUAGUCGAAGAGGAACCGCCCUUCCUCCAGGGCCACGGUCGAGCCUUACACGAUCUAUCUCCCGUUAGGAUCGUCAAGAAUCCAGACGGAUCAUUAGCACAAGCUGCUAUGAUGCAAUCGGCUCUAGCUAAAGAGAGGAGAGAACAAAAGAUGCUGCAAAGAGAACAGGAAAUGGAAAGUUUACCGACCGGCCUGAAUAAGAACUGGAUCGAUCCACUGCCAGAGGCGGACGGUCGGGCUCUAGCCGCAAACAUGAGGGGCACCGGCAUCACCCCCCAGGACCUACCGGAAUGGAAGAAGCACGUGAUAGGUGGAAAGAAGUCGUCGUUCGGGAAGAAAACUAAUCUAUCUCUCCUAGAACAGAGGCAAUCCUUGCCCAUCUACAAGCUGAGAGACGAGCUGACUAAGGCGAUAUCGGACAACCAGAUCCUGAUCGUGAUCGGCGAGACGGGGUCGGGCAAGACGACGCAGAUCACGCAGUACGUGUGCGAGUGCGGGCUGGCGGCGCGCGGGCGCGUGGCGUGCACGCAGCCGCGCCGCGUGGCCGCCAUGUCCGUGGCCAAGCGCGUGGCCGAGGAGUUCGGCUGCCGGCUGGGCCAGGAGGUCGGCUACACCAUCCGCUUCGAGGACUGCACCUCGCCCGACACCGUCAUCAAAUACAUGACGGACGGUAUGUUGCUCCGCGAGUGUCUGAUGGACUUGGAUCUGAAGAGCUACUCCGUUAUCAUGUUGGAUGAGGCUCACGAGCGUACUAUACACACGGACGUCCUCUUCGGUCUUCUGAAGCAAGCCGUGCAGAAGAGGCCCGAACUGAAAUUGAUCGUGACGUCGGCAACCCUCGACGCAGUAAAGUUCUCGCAGUACUUCUUCGAAGCACCCAUUUUCACGAUACCGGGACGAACUUUCCCCGUCGAAGUGUUGUACACAAAGGAGCCGGAGACGGACUACCUCGACGCGUCACUGAUAACAGUUAUGCAAAUUCAUUUGCGGGAACCGCCCGGCGAUAUACUGCUGUUUUUGACUGGUCAGGAGGAAAUCGACACUGCCUGCGAAAUAUUGUAUGAGAGGAUGAAAUCGUUGGGGCCCGAUGUGCCCGAGUUGAUCAUCCUGCCCGUGUAUUCGGCGCUGCCUUCGGAAAUGCAGACAAGGAUUUUCGAGCCGGCGCCGCCGGGAUCGAGGAAGGUGGUCAUAGCCACGAACAUAGCGGAGACUUCCCUGACUAUAGAUGGUAUUUACUACGUCGUGGACCCUGGCUUUGUUAAACAGAAGGUGUACAAUUCUAAGACCGGCAUGGACUCGUUGGUCGUAACCCCGAUAUCUCAGGCGGCGGCCAAGCAGCGCGCCGGUCGCGCCGGCCGGACGGGGCCCGGCAAGUGCUACCGGCUCUACACCGAGCGCGCCUACCGCGACGAGAUGCUGCCCACUCCAGUGCCGGAGAUACAGCGCACCAACCUCGCCACCACCGUUCUGCAGCUGAAGACGAUGGGCAUUAACGAUCUUCUGCAUUUUGACUUCAUGGACGCGCCCCCAGUGGAGUCGCUCAUCAUGGCGCUGGAGCAGCUGCACUCCCUCUCUGCACUGGACUCGGAAGGACUGCUCACGAGACUUGGCCGACGGAUGGCUGAAUUCCCACUGGAACCAAAUCUUUCGAAAAUCCUUAUUAUGUCGGUAGCGCUGCAAUGCUCUGAUGAAAUAUUGACUAUCGUCUCCAUGCUGAGCGUUCAAAACGUAUUCUAUCGACCUAAAGACAAACAAGCUCUAGCUGAUCAGAAGAAAGCGAAGUUUAACCAGCCCGAAGGAGAUCAUCUGACAUUACUAGCUGUUUACAAUAGUUGGAAGAACAACAAGUUUUCGAAUGCGUGGUGCUAUGAGAACUUCGUGCAGAUCAGGACGUUGAAACGGGCUCAGGAUGUUAGAAAACAACUGCUCGGUAUCAUGGAUAGGCACAAACUAGAUGUCGUGUCAGCCGGCAAGAAUACAGUUCGGAUUCAGAAGACAAUAUGCUCUGGCUUCUUUCGAAAUGCUGCAAAGAAAGAUCCCCAAGAAGGCUACCGAACUCUAGUGGACAGCCAAGUCGUGUACAUUCAUCCUUCAAGCGCGUUGUUUAAUAGGCAACCUGAGUGGGUCAUUUAUCAUGAACUAGUACAAACCACCAAGGAAUAUAUGCGUGAGGUGACUACAAUCGACCCCAAAUGGCUCGUGGAGUUUGCACCAGCCUUUUUCAAGUUUUCUGACCCGACGAAACUGUCUAAAUUCAAGAAGAACCAGAGAUUGGAACCUCUGUACAAUAAAUAUGAAGAACCCAACGCUUGGAGAAUAUCAAGAGUUCGACGACGCAGAAAUUAACUUAAGUUUAUUGACGUUUUAUGUCUUUCCAAGAUUAAAGAUAAUCA